AUGUCUUGGUUGGUUCUGUGCGUAACUAUGUUAUUCGUAACAUUCGCAUUUUCAAAGCAGGGCAAGCUACUAGAAAAUGCAAAACACAUGAAUACAGCUUUCAGUAAAUACAAAAGAGUGCAGUGUAGUUCUGAUCAAUUCAGCUGCCCGGAAAGAUGUAUACCAGCAACGUAUGCUUGCGAUACGAUAUCUGACUGUUCAAAUGGCUAUGAUGAACAGAACUGUCCGGCUGACUGCACGGGACAAAAUCAAUUUAAGUGUGCUAAUGGCCGCUGCGUUCCCAGAAGCUAUCAGUGUGACGUUGACAAUGAUUGUGGUGAUGGUAGUGACGAGAUAAGCUGUGCUCCCAAAACGUGCCCGCCUUCAAGAUUUGCGUGCAGCAAUGGUAACUGUGUAAGUAACUCGUGGGUUUGUGACGGCGACAAUGACUGUGGAGACCACUCAGAUGAGCAAAACUGUCCAGAACGGACAUGUAGUAGUAUCCAGUUUACGUGCUCCAAUCACAUAUGUGUUCCAGCUUCGUACAAGUGUGAUGGCUACAACGAUUGCGGAGACCAUAGCGAUGAGACCACGUGCACUUGUGAUGCUAGCCACUUUCAAUGCAAGAUCGGAACAUGUAUUUCCAAGAUAUACUUAUGCGAUGGUGAAAAUGAUUGCGGCGACAUGUCAGAUGAAUCAAACUGUCCUGAAAUCCAUCCUGGAGCUUGUGCGGAUCUGCUGACAGUCGAUGACUGUAUUCGUAUGAAUACAACAACUUACCCUAUAUGUGAUAGUUAUGCAGAUGCACACCGAUUUUGCAGGAAAUAUUGUGAUCUUUGCAAUACGUAA